UAAGGUGUGGUUUUAGGUGUGGUUUUACCUCAAGUUGGUGUGGCUACUAGAGGGAAAGAUGUUCAGUCGUUCUUUUGUGAGAGGUAACUUUCUUAGAGUACCCCCUAGAUUCAGAAAAGCAUACUGUAAUGGAGGGAACUUAAAGACAUUUGACAAGAUCCUGAUUGCAAAUCGUGGAGAAAUAGCAUGCAGAGUAAUAAGAACUUGUAAAGAAAUGGGAAUUUCAUGUGUUUCAGUUUUUAGUGAUGCCGAUGCACAAGCAUUGCAUGUGAGAAUGGCCGAUGAAGCUGUUCACAUUGGACCUUCAGUUGCUACUCAAAGUUACCUUAAUGUGGAUGCAAUUCUAGAUGCUAUUUCAUUAACAGGGGCCCAAGCAGUGCAUCCUGGGUAUGGAUUUUUAUCAGAAAAUAAAGAGUUUGCAAAGGAACUUGCCAAGCGUGGUGUUGUUUUCAUUGGACCUAAUGCACAUGCAAUACAUGUAAUGGGAGACAAAUUGGAAAGUAAAAGAACUGCCACAGAGGCUGGUGUUAACAUUGUACCUGGAUAUGAUGGGAUUGUUCAGGAUAGCACUGAAGCUGUUAAAUUAGCAAAAGAAAUAGGAUACCCUGUGAUGCUUAAAGCAUCUGCUGGGGGUGGUGGAAAAGGAAUGAGGAUAGCAUGGGAUGAGAAAGAUGUCAUUGAUGGAUUUCAUUUAGCCACUGAAGAAGCUAAAACAGCUGUCAAUGAUGAUAGGAUGUUAAUUGAGAAGUUUAUUGAAAAGCCUAGGCAUAUUGAAGUACAGGUUUUGGGAGAUGAACAUGGCAAUGUGGUUUAUUUGAAUGAAAGAGAGUGUUCAAUUCAAAGGAGAAACCAGAAAGUAAUUGAAGAAGCUCCUAGUACAUUUAUUGAUCCUGUUACUCGGCAAUCAAUGGGUCAGCAAGCAGUGGCUUUAGCUAAAUCAGUUCAGUAUAACUCUGCAGGGACAGUGGAGUUUUUAGUUGAUCCACAAAAGAAUUUCUAUUUUUUGGAAAUGAAUACAAGGCUUCAGGUAGAGCACCCUAUAACGGAAUGCAUCACAGGAGUAGAUUUAGUAAAAGAAAUGAUACUAUCUGCUGCUGGUCACAAGUUGUCUUUUACACAAGAUGAUAUUGGUAUUAAUGGCUGGGCAGUUGAGGCAAGAAUUUAUGCUGAAGAUCCAGUAAGGUUUCUUCCAUCAGUUGGAUACUUGUCGAAGUAUAUUGAGCCAUCCCAAGCUGCAAAUGAAAUGAUUCGAGUUGACACAGGAAUUGAAGAAGGUAGUACUAUCAGUAUGUUCUAUGAUCCCAUGAUUUCAAAAUUAGUUACACAUGGAAAAGAUCGAUCAACUGCCCUUACAACAUUAGCUAAGGCAUUAGAUAAUUAUUGCAUUAAAGGUGUAACUCAUAAUAUACCAGUAGUAAGAGAUAUUAUUAGUCACCCAGACUUUAUCUCAGGUGAUAUAAGUACUAAUUUCAUUCAAGAAGUAUAUCCAAAUGGUUUUCAAGGACGUAAAUUGGAUGAAAGAGGUACUGAAAUUUUGAUUGCAGCUGCCAGCUUUAUUCACAUUAAACGAACUAAUGCUGCCCCAGCAUUUUGUAAUCAAAACAGGCAAAUGAAGUCAGCAAAAGAUGAUGGUAGCAAGCAUAUAUUGUUCCUGUUAAUCGGUGGAGACUCUUACAAAGUAGAAAUAGAGGAAAAUCAUGAUACCUUCUUUGCUAAUAUUAAUGGAAAGCAAAUAAAAAUAUUGUCAGAGUGGCAACUAGGUAAUGCUAUUGUGAAUCUUAGCGUAGAUGAUGUUAAAGAAACAAUCCAUUUUGAGGAUAGAAAGGGACAGACAAUGGACCUAAGGCUCUAUGGUGAUAAGUACUCUGUACAAGUUUUAAAUAGUAAACAAGCAAGCAUGAAUGAACAUGUUCCACAGAAGUCAAAGGAUAGUUUGGCUCAUAUACUGAAAGCUCCUAUGCCAGGAAUUGUGAAAUCCAUUGUCUGCAAGGAAGGAGAUGAAGUUGAGAAGGGUGUUGCAAUUGUAACUCUGGAGGCCAUGAAAAUGCAAAACCCACUCUUUGCACCAUUAACUGGAAAGGUCAAGACUAUAUAUGUAAAAGAAGGGGACAGUAUUGCCGAGGAUGACUUAAUCUUAGAGCUUCAAGUGUGACUUUUGAAAUUAAUAAUGCAACACUAUUUAUAAUAAUACUAAUUUCACUACCUACGUGUAGAUCAAAAUCAUAAAGCAAAUAAAAAUGAACUUUAAACUGUAUCAUGAUACUGAAUUUAACAAAAA